CAAAAAAGCUGUCACAAGCUCUUUCCCUGUCAUUCGCCUACAGUUUAUCACUGAAAAAUGGGAAAAGUUCAUGAGGGGAACAGCGAUGCCAAAGGCAAGAAAACAGAGUUUAGCUUGGUGCGGGUCAAAAGUACAUGGAAGAGCAAGCUGGGGAAGAAGAUCAAUAAGGACACAGUUGACUGUGUCUCAGCUGCAAAAAUCUAUGAGAGCAUCACAGAUAGGGGCACCUCAUGGACCGUGGUCAGCCCCAUCACCUUUACUUACAAGGUCACUGAGACUCAUGGCUUGCUGGACCCAAGCAAUGACACUCUCUUGUUGGGCCACAUCACCGACCCACAGCAGUUGGAGGAUAUAAGAAAAUCUAAUAAGCCCAUCAGGCGUUUUGUAGUCAUUGACCAAGAAGUCUUUAAAAUCUAUGGCCCCAAGCUCACUGAUUACCUGGAAGCUAACGAUGUAGUGUACAAGAUCAUGCCCCUUCCAACCACAGAGGAGAACAAAUCCAUGGAAACAGCUCUGAAGAUCCUAGAAGAUGUUAACAACUUUGCUCUCGACCGCCGAACAGAACCCAUCAUUGCCAUUGGUGGAGGGGUUUGUAUGGACAUAGUGGGCUUAGCAGCAUCACUGUACCGCAGGCGCACCCCUUACAUUAGGGUCCCCACCACUCUCCUGUCCUACAUUGAUGCCAGUGUAGGUGCAAAGACUGGGGUAAAUUUUGCCAACUGCAAGAACAAGCUUGGGGCUUACAUUCCACCUGCUGCUGCCCUCCUUGAUCUGUCAUUUAUACAAUCUGUUCCAAGAAGACACAUCUCCAAUGGGCUAGCAGAGAUGUUAAAGAUGGCUUUGAUGAAACAUCGGGGCCUUUUCGAGCUUCUUGAGGAACACGGCUGUAUGCUGUUGGACACCAAAUUCCAGGCUGACAACACUUUAUAUGGGCACGACAGCAUUAAGGCUGCAUCACAGGCAACCCGUAUAGCUAUCACAACAAUGCUGGAGGAGCUAGCCCCAAACCUUUGGGAAGAUGAUCUAAACAGACUUGUGGAUUUUGGCCACCUUAUAAGUCCUGCACUAGAGAUGAAAGUUCUUCCAACUUUACUACAUGGGGAAGCAGUGAACAUUGACAUGUCUUAUAUGGUGUAUGUGUCCCAUGAGAGCGGCCUUUUAACAGAAGAAGAAAAGCAAAGGAUCAUAAGCUGCAUGGUUGGUCUGGAGCUCCCUGUCUGGCACGAGGAGUUCACCAUGGAGCUGAUCCAGAAAUCUCUACAAGACAGACUGAAGCAUUCUGGUGGUUUGGUCAGAAUGCCUCUGCCUGUUGGUUUAGGCCAAGCAGAAAUUUUUAACAACACAUCAUUUGACAUCCUGCACAGAGCUUACAUCAAGUGGUGCGAGGAGCUGAGUGUCUCUUCAGACAGUACCUGUGAUGCUUGAUUUCCACAUCCUACAUUUGCCUCAGUACAGUUUUUUUAAAUAAUGUGUUUGUAAUUAGAAAAGCAUAUCUAGUAUUAUGAAGUCUGUUGCUGAAUAGUUCACAUUGAUGGGGACGCUGUUGUUGUUACAGGUUGACUUGGAAAAUGCACCUAUGAUAUUUUCACAUUACAGCCACCAGGGGCAAAGGUGGGGCAGCUUUAUUUACGCUGACAGUAUUUCCAUAGAGUGGCUUUGGCCAUCAUCAGUUGGUAAACAAUAUUCAUACUGUCAUUUUUAAAAAAAAUAGUAAAUAAAACAGUUUUUGUUUCAUUGUUUCAGUUUUUUAGAAAGUUUUUUUAAUGGUCGUAUAAGGGCAGUAACAACAAAAUGUAUUGCUUGUUUGUCUUAUCCUAAUGCCUGAUGUCAAUUGUACUUACUUACAAUAAUAAAUACAUUUUUACAAUUACAAA